AUGCAUAUCUUGUGUGUUGACGGUUUUAGGGGAGCUAGUUUGGACUCACAUGGACCAGCACCCUGCAACAACACCAAAUCCCAUUCUUGCGCGGAAUUCAUGUCUGAGAAAACUUGGAGCAACGACACAAUUUCGAUGAACGACAAGCAGGUCCGGGUUCUGACCCUUAAUUGCUGGGGCCUAAAACUCGUUUCCAAACUCCGACCUCUCCGUUUGGAAGCCAUUUCCGCCCAACUCGCCCAAGACGGCGACUCCUACGACAUUGUCUGUCUUCAAGAAGUGUGGGUGGAGUCUGACUUUGACCAGAUCAAGAAAGCAUGCGUCGACCACUUCCCCUACACAAAAUACUACUACAGCGGAAUUAUUGCCGGUCCAGGACUGGCCGUUCUGUCGCGAUGGCCCAUUGAGUCAGCCUACGUCCACCGGUUUGGCCUCAACGGCCGCCCCAGUGCAUUCUUCCGAGGCGACUGGUAUGUUGGCAAAAGUGUUGCCUCCGCCACCAUUAUCCACCCAUCCAACCACCGCAUUGAGAUCCUCAAUGCCCACAUGCAUGCUCCGUAUGGCCCUGGUGAUGCCAAUUAUACAUGUCACCGAACUUCCCAGGCUUGGGAAAUGGCUCGAAUCGCCAAACGGUCCAUGGACGCUGGUAAUCUGACCAUAGUCACCGGUGAUCUCAACUCCCGACCGUCGUCGCUGACUCACCAGCUCUUUGAGAACAUGGCGCUUCUGCAGGACGCGUGGGAGAGCCGACACGGAGAGUUUUCCGGCGAUCUGAGCGAAAUGACACCCGAGCAACAGAUCGAGGAGGCCGGAGUCACGUGCAACUCGCGGCUCAACUCGUGGAGAGCGUCCCGGCCUCUGUCGGACGCCUGCCGGCUCGAUUACAUCUUCUUUGACCCCUCCAGAGCUACUGUCCGAGAGGCUCGAGUGGCCUUUACGGACAAGAUUGAGGGCGGAUGCAGUGUGUCGGACCACUUUGGCGUUUCUGCAGUUUUCGAGCUGACUCCUCAGGACAAAUCUCGGCACCGAAAGGUGUCUUCUGCCACGCUGACGACCAUGUUUGACGAGUUUCUCGCGCUGGUGACAACAUACAAAGGCACGUCAAUCACUCAGGCGCGGGUCCGAAACUGGCAUUUUAUGGCGUCCAUUCUGGUUGUUAUCGGGCUUUUGGUGUCCGUGUGGUGGGCGGCAGCUGAUAACAGAGCUUAUGUGGGUUUCAUCUACAUUCUGGCAGCCGUCGUCAUUGCCGUAACAGGCGUUGUGGACGGUCUGAUUGGAUACUUGUUUGGAAAUACCGAAAUGAGAGCCCUGCUAGAGUUGGAGAGCGAGCUGGAGCUGGCCAAGCGGAUGUUGGCCAAGGAAUAG